UUAGUGUAUUAUAUGCAACAGCUGUUGUGUCGGAUAUACAUACAUAUGUACUCUGCCUUUUAAAAGUAAACCCAACUUUGUGAAAGGGCACGGAACACGAUCCCAAAAUGGUGGCCAUACAGUUGUUUAACGAAAUCGGCAGCAUUUUCCGAAACACCCCCACAUUUGCCCUCGUUUUGGAGACACUGCUGGUCAUAACCGUGAUCUGGCUGCUGCUUCACAGGCGUGGCGGAGGACGUCGCCGUCAGCUUACCAAGGAGGAGGAGGACCGCAUCAUCGCCGACUACGAACCGGAGCCCUUGGUGGCGGACACCGAUCCCGAGCAUCCGCUGCUGCGCACCCGCAUCGUCCAGUCCAAGGUGGGCAAGCACAUCCGGGUCGAUGGACACGACUGUCUCAACCUGGGCUCCCACAACUACCUCGGCUUCCUCGAGGACCAGGAGAUACUGGAGGAGGCCUGCAAGUCGCUGCGCAAGUACGGCGUGGGAUCGUGCGGACCGCGAGGCUUCUAUGGCACCAUGGACGUGCACCUGGACCUGGAGGACCGGAUUGCCAAGUUUAUGGGCCUGGAGGAGGCCAUUGUCUACUCCUACGGCUUCUCGACGGUGGCCAGUGCCAUUCCGGCGUACGCCAAACGUGGCGACAUUAUCUUUGUGGACGAGGCUGUCAACUUUGCCAUUCAGAAGGGCCUGGAUGCCUCGCGCAGCACCAUCGUCUUCUUCAAGCACAACGAUGUCGAGGAUCUGGAACGCCUGCUGAUCGAAAUGGAGAAGCGGGACCAGAAGAACCCCAAGAAGGCGCUCAAGACACGUCGCUUCCUCGUCGCUGAGGGCAUCUAUAUGAACACCGGCGAGAUUUGUCCACUGCCCGAGCUGGUGGCCCUGCGCCAAAAGUACAAGCUGCGUCUGUUCCUCGACGAGAGCAUAUCCUUUGGCACAAUGGGACAAGGCGGUCGCGGAGUUACUGAGCACUUUAAUGUCGAUCGCGACGAGAUCGAUCUGAUAUCGGCAGGAAUGGAGGGAUCCAUGGCCACCAUUGGCGGCUUCUGCGUGGGCUCCCACUUCAUAGCCGAGCACCAGCGUCUCUCGGGUCUGGGCUACAUCUUUUCGGCCUCCCUGCCGCCAAUGCUCACCCAAGCGGCCAUUUCCGCUUUGGAUCGCUUCGAGCGAGAGCCAAAGAUUUUUGGGCAGCUGCAGUCCAAAGCCAAGUCGCUGCAUCAGAAGUUUUCGCGUUUCACCAAGCUGACCCUGCGCGGAAAUGAGUUGUCGCCAGUGAAGCACUUGUAUUUGGCCCAGGCCGCCGACAACUUUGACAAGGAACUUAAGCUGCUCACAGAGGUGGCCGAUAAGUGCAUUGCUCGAGGAGUGGCCAUUGUGCAGGCUGCCUACCUGCAGAACAGGGAACGCCAACCGGUGCGUCCAAGUAUUCGCAUCGCCGUCAACCGGCUGCUGGAGGAUGCGGACAUCGCCACCGCGUUUGAGGUCAUCGAAAGUGUUUCUAACGCCGUCCUUUAGGUUCCUCCUUUAGAAAGAAAUAUGAUCUAAGACAAGAGCCUUAAUUGUUGUAAUUAAUUGUCUGCCGGCUCCAACAUUUUUCCUGUCAUUUAUUCCCACCCAGUUCAGUAUGCUUUAUUUAAGCAAAACUAUUGCACUACUAUUUUGUUUUUAGCUGCAUUGCCUUUAAAUAAACACAUUAAAUCUAGGAAAAAUUCCAAA